GCAGUUUCGUUCCAAAUUCCGAAGCGAGAGUUUGUCGUGGGAAGUUGUUGCGCGCGCCCUGUUCGCAUUUAUGUGUUUUUAUCGUGAUUCCGUCAACCGAAAUCAUAUGUUUUUAGCCAGGAGAGAGACGAUUGCCAAAACAGCAGCAAAACGGGCGGAGUUCUGCGGUGGAAAAUCGAAAAUUAGCAAGCGCACGGAACACACUGUGAUUGGAGCGAAUUAAAUGUGAAUCAAAAUAUGGUUAGCCAUUCGAAAAGCGUGUAAUAAAAUCGUGAAGAAAAACCAGAAAACAAAUUUGUUAUCGCUCUCUGUCUCUUUCUCUCUCCCAUUCUCGCUGCGAUUUGCUCUCCGUGUGUUUAUGUCUCAGCUGUCCAAGUGUGUGUGCGGGUGUGUGUGACGUAUGUGCGUGCAAGUGUUUGUGAUUUUAUGUUGUUGUCUUGCCUGCUUUCGCGUGAAAUUCAACAACAACAACAACAGCAGCGGCAGCAACAACAAGCAAAGCAACAGCCAACAACAAAUUUAAAUUGAGAUUUUCCAUAUUAUCAAAAGUUACAGGCGCCUAUUUUGCAGUUAUCAGUCUGAAGUCGGUGUGAAGUGCUAUCCUGGACUUUUCGUUUUAGUCACCCCUUGGCCUCAUCUAACAUCCACUUAAUUGAAAUAGAACAUUUGCAUCUCAGCCUCACAACCAAUAUCCCGAGCAACGUGCACAAAAACUAUUGGAAAUAUCCUAACCCACAAUGAAAAACGACGUCGUGCGAUGGAGCAGGCAGCCAACUAGCAACACCACUAACAGCAGCAGCAGCAGUAGAAGCGAUAGCAACAGCACUCAUAAGCACAGAAGCAAAAGCAACAAAUUAAAUGCUCGACAAUUAGGGUCAAAUGCUGCCAGAAGUUGUCAGCAAAGAUCCUCUGUGGCAACAACACUAGAAGAUGAACAACAAACAAUCAUUGAAUGUGAUAUAGGAAAUUUCAAUUUCGAUUGCAAUUUAUUCAAAACUAGUUUUUUAACGCAACACAAACAGAAACGUAGUGGCAAGAGCAGCAGCAAAAGUAAGAGCAACAGAAGUAGACCCCUAGCGAAAACGAAAGCGGUGUUUCUAUUAGCUCUGCAAUUUAGUGCCGUAGUUUUUUUAUGUAAUAUUAAUGUCGGUUUCGUGGCCGGAAGUGUGGCAACUGCGGCAUCAUCGGCAGGCGGCUCAUCGCCGGCAGCUCCAUCAUCUGCGCCCUCAUCCCCGCCCACAGUUGCUGUACCACCGCCGCCGCCACCUUCGUCGGCACUCAAAGUGGAUCCAAAUGGUCAGUCACCAGUGCUGCCGCCCUACGUUCUCGAUUAUGAGACGGGGGGCAAGGCCAAGCUAACGCCAAACAAUGGCAAGUUCGGCCAAUCGGGCAGUUCCGGGAGCAAUAACAACCACAUCGUCGGACACUAUACCCACACCUGGGCGGUGCACAUACCAAACGGCGAUAAUGGCAUGGCCGAUGCGGUUGCCAAGGAUCACGGAUUCGUCAAUUUGGGCAAGAUCUUCGAUGAUCACUACCACUUCGCACAUCACAAGGUCUCGAAGCGGUCGCUCUCCCCCGCCACGCAUCACCAGACUCGCCUGGAUGACGACGAUCGCGUCCACUGGGCGAAGCAGCAGCGGGCCAAGUCGCGAUCCAAACGGGACUUUAUCCGCAUGCGACCCUCAAGGACCUCCUCGCGAGCCAUGUCGAUGGUGGACGCCAUGUCCUUUAACGACUCCAAGUGGCCGCAGAUGUGGUAUCUGAAUCGUGGUGGUGGCCUGGACAUGAAUGUGAUACCCGCCUGGAAGAUGGGCAUAACCGGCAAGGGCGUGGUGGUGACAAUUCUGGAUGAUGGCCUGGAAUCCGAUCAUCCGGACAUACAGGAUAACUACGAUCCCAAAGCCUCGUACGAUGUGAAUAGCCACGACGACGAUCCGAUGCCGCAUUACGAUAUGACGGACUCGAACCGCCAUGGAACUCGCUGUGCCGGCGAGGUGGCAGCCACCGCCAACAAUUCGUUCUGCGCGGUGGGUAUUGCCUACGGCGCCAGUGUGGGCGGAGUCAGGAUGCUGGACGGAGACGUCACGGAUGCGGUUGAGGCACGGUCGCUGUCGCUGAAUCCGCAGCACAUUGACAUAUACAGUGCCUCCUGGGGACCCGAUGACGAUGGCAAGACGGUGGACGGACCCGGCGAACUGGCAUCGCGCGCCUUUAUCGAGGGCACAACUAAGGGUCGCGGCGGCAAGGGCAGCAUCUUCAUAUGGGCAUCGGGCAAUGGUGGGCGGGAGCAGGAUAACUGCAACUGCGACGGCUACACGAACUCCAUCUGGACGCUGUCCAUCUCCAGUGCCACGGAGGAGGGCCAUGUGCCCUGGUACUCGGAGAAGUGCAGCUCCACGCUGGCCACCACCUACAGCAGCGGCGGGCAGGGCGAGAAGCAGGUGGUCACCACGGACCUGCACCACUCGUGCACUGUCUCCCACACGGGCACCUCGGCGUCGGCCCCGCUCGCCGCUGGCAUAGCCGCCCUGGUGCUGCAGUCCAACCAGAAUCUCACCUGGCGCGAUCUGCAGCACAUUGUUGUGCGCACCGCCAAGCCGGCGAACCUUAAGGACCCCAGCUGGUCACGCAAUGGGGUGGGGCGGCGGGUGAGCCACUCCUUUGGCUACGGAUUGAUGGACGCCGCCGAGAUGGUGCGCGUGGCCCGCAACUGGAAGGCGGUGCCGGAGCAGCAGCGGUGCGAGAUUAACGCUCCCCAUGUCGACAAGGUCAUUCCACCUCGUACCCAUAUCACCCUGCAACUGACGGUUAAUCACUGUCGAUCGGUCAAUUACCUGGAGCACGUCCAGGCCAAGAUUACGCUAACGUCGCAGAGACGAGGAGACAUUCAGCUCUUUUUGAGGUCUCCCGCAAACACCAGUGUCACGCUCCUAACGCCUAGGAUACAUGACAACUCUCGUUCCGGAUUCAAUCAAUGGCCCUUCAUGUCUGUGCACACCUGGGGAGAGUCGCCGCAAGGAAACUGGCAGCUGGAGAUCCACAACGAGGGUCGCUAUAUGGCACAAAUCACACAAUGGGAUAUGAUAUUCUACGGCACCGAAACGCCCGCCCAACCCGAUGACGUGGCCAAUCCCAGCCAGUCGAACCAGUUCAAUCUGUACGGCAACGAUAUGGCCCACAAUGACGUCGAGUACGAUUCCACCGGCCAGUGGAGGAAUAUGCAGCAGGUGGGCGAGGUGGGCAUGACCCGAGAUCACAGCAACACCGCCGCGUGCCUUAAGUGGAGCGAUCGCAAGUGCUUAGGUUUGUCCUUACUCUUUUUUAUGAUCAUGCAAGUCUUCUUUCUAAACUUUAAACAUGCCAACGACAACAACAACAAGAACAAAAACAACAUUAUCAAAUGCAUUAGAUAAUUUAGUAACAAAUGACGGUAAAAAAAAAGAAAAGAAAAUCGGCAACAGCAAAGAAACAAAAUUGAACUGUGUAAAGAACGAAAAACCGAAAUGAGAUGAAAAGCGAACAAAGAAUUUCCAUUUAAAAAAUUUGAUGGCAACAUUGCGAGAAAAAAUACAAGUAAAAAUAAACAAAAAUACAAGUAACUUAGAUUAGGCGAGCUGAUGAGAAGGAAUCACUACAAGUCCAAAAAAAUAUACAUACUAAAAAUUUUGUAGUUAAAUUUAAAUGUAAGCCUAGUUGUACACAACGACACAAGCAACACACACACACACUCACACAAACAAACACACGCACACGUAUUAGGGGGCGUGGCAGGGCAAAAAAACAAAGGUUGUUCUCCAUUGGAUAUCCUUUACUUUUUGUUUGUCGAGAAAUGGGACGCACAAAGCAAACUUUUGUAUUAUUUUAGUCGAAAUGCAAUUUAACGCAGCUAUAUACAAACGCAUCCUAAAUAUAUUAUACACAUUAUAUUUAAGAGUUUAGUUGAAAUUUAUUUGUACGAUUCGUUUUUAUUGUUUUCGUUUAGUCUGUUUGUGUUUGUUUUAAGCCUGUUUAGUUUGAUUUGUUUUUCCCAUGUUUUUUCCAAAUGCCUGCUUCCCGUGUACACAGGAAAAAAAGUAAGAUCACUUUUGAUCAAUCAAACUUCUUAAUGUCAAAUCAAAUUGUUCAUGUCAUUCUAAUCCUUUUACUUAUACAAAUUUACAUUGUUUUGUUAUAAUUAUUAAUAGCAGGUUUUAAUCUUAAUCUAUCGAAUUGAUCUUGAAAAUUUGCAUACAUUUUCCUGUGUAACAUUCUGUAUGUAUAUGUGUGUACAUGUAAACUAAAUGCAUUAUUUCAGAUAUUGCCAAGCCAGCCAAGUAGUCGCGCCACAGUUUGAAAGGCACUGUACGCAAGCUUAAGCUUUUUAAUUGUAUUUUUUGCCUAUAAUUUGAGUUCCCUUCUUGACUUUUGAUUUGAUUUUGUAUAAGAAAUAUUGUUUAAUGCCAUGCAGCCAAACGAAAGGAAUGUUCAACAGACACAAAAACCACUGCAGUUUAGAGUUCAUAGUAAAAGACUGUUUCUUAAAAUUAAAACCAAAUCUUGGACAGCGGUAAAUGAUUAAAAUGGGUCGAUGGAGUGAAAGGAUGCGAAAAAUGAAAACCAAAUCUAAGUAAUUAAUGGAAAUAUUUCUAGAGUUAAGGCGCUAAGCAAAGCAAACCACUUUUGUAUCAAAAAUAAACGAAAACAAAACGAGAAAUGGUCAUGAACAUAAACGUGAACCAAGUAAAAAAUAUCCUAAGGUGUAGGGGUGAAGCAUAGCGUAAUAAUUGAAAAGUAGGCAGCAACCACUAAACAAUUAAAUCGUAUUUAUAAUAAACAAUUUAUAAAAAGUUCCUGCAGUUUUCAACAAAGUUUCAACAUAAAUCUAAAGCGCGAAACACACAUAAUUAUUACAAAUUAACACUGAAUUGCCGGUUUAUUUUUGUCCACAAUGCAAAGAAACACAUACAAAACAUAUCUUUGUUACAAAUUUGUUGCUUACUUAAAUCAUUAUUAUUAAACACAAAUCAAAAGCAAAUUGAGUGCAAUAAUUAUUAUUAAAUCUUUAAAUCUGUAUUAAGCAGCAGUUAGAACUUAAAAGGGUUUUCGUUUCUUAUCAAACCGACAAACAAAAACAUAUCAUUUAAUAUUUGUUUAAUUUCGGAACUAAGUACAAACUAUUAGUUUACUUAACAAAUUCUAUACAAAAUUACUUAUCUCCUUUGUGAUUUAUAUUUCUAUUUUAUUGGUUUUUGACUUAGAGAAAUGUUCCCGACAUCUAUGCAUUUUCGUUGUAUGAAUAAUCAUAUCGUAACUGCACAAUAAACAAUACAAAUAUAAAUGUUAAUUUAAUAAACAAGUUAAUAGCGAUGUAACGAACAAGAGGUGGAGUAUCUUUUUGUUGUUGUUGUAAUUAGCAAACGCACACACACACACACAUAUUUAGCCAGAGCAUAAGAUUUAAACAAACUAAAGCUAGCAUUUCUCUAUCUGCAUUGACAAGCAAUCGAAAAUAGUUGAAUUAACCCACAAAUUCCUCAGUAUACACGUAUAAUAUGCUAUCCGCACUAGCAGCGAACCGAAAAGCCGAAAAUAUUAACCAAGCCAAUAUACACAACACAAAAACUUACAAGUAUUUGCCGAAAACUUCGUCAAGUGCCCCACAUAAAUUAUGUUGAACAAAUUUCCAAGUGAGUUUGGUUAGGAACACAACAAAAUUCUGCUCAGUUUCCAAGUAUUCUGUUGUUCUUAAACGCACACGCAGUUUUGGUACUUAUUUAACUUCGAGAGCCAGAAUACACAGGAAACUAAACUCUGAAGCAUAUUUACUCUAACAACUAAUUAGAGAGAAAGCCAAAUUAAUAUAUAAGCUUAUACUGAACAACAAAAAUUUGAAAAGAUAAAAAAGCGAACAAAAACAAAAGAAAAACGAAAAAAAAGUAAACAAAAACUGGUACUAGGGCAUGGGGUAGAAACUAGAAUUAAAACGUAUUAACUUUAAAGCCACGAAAUUGUAAAAUACCAUUGGAACAAAAACCGUAUAUUAAUGCUUGCAAUUAGUGAGAGGAAACGAAAUAAAAUUAAACUUUUUUAAAUGUAAAGAAAGCGAAACUGAAAUUAAACACUUAAAUUUAGUGACACAAAUUGAGAAUGACGCAAUUCGAAACUCAAUACAAUUUUUUAUGUAUGUUUGUGUAUAUAUCUAUCUAUAUAAUAUCUAUAUGAGUAAUAAAUAAAUGCAUUGAC